AUGAACGCGUUGCAGCACUUUCGUCUCCUCCUGAUCCGACUACUCACAAACCCUUCCUAUUUCUGGGCACUAGCUGGUCUGGUCAUACUUGGCGAUGCUAUUCUUACUCAGCUCAUCAUUCGGUUCAUACCAUACACCGAAAUAGAUUGGGAGACAUAUAUGCAUCAGAUCUCUCUGUAUAUCAAAGGAGAAAGGAAUUACAGGUUGUUAGAAGGGCCUACCGGACCGUUGGUUUACCCAGCAGGUCAUGUUGCCAUUCACCGCUGGCUUCACAACGUCACUAGCAGCGGAGAAGACGUUCCUCGCGCACAGCAAGUCUACGGAGCUCUCUACCUCCUGUCGUUAGCCCUCGCAUGCGCGACCUACUCUGUCACUGGAGUAAUACCCAACUGGCUCGUUAUGCUGCUGCCGCUGAGCAAGAGACUACAUUCCUUGUAUGUCCUCAGGCUGUUCAACGACUGCUGGAUGGCCGUUGCCGCCCAGGCAGCCGUGCUGGCCUAUGCGACGGGCGCGGACGUUGUCGGCACACUGAUGCUGAGCCUCGCCAUCUCGACGAAGAUGUCGGCCCUUUUGUACUUGCCUGGCCUUCUGGUCGUUCUGUUCAGGAAGCGUGGGCUGGUCCAAACUGCGCUACACCUGACCGCCAUCGUUGCCAUACAGGCAUGGCUUGCGGCGGAUUUCCUCAGGGCCGACUCGGAGGCUUACUUCCAUGGAGCCUUCGACUUCUCCCGCGUAUUCCUUUACAAAUGGACCGUAAACUGGCGUUUCCUCGACGAACAGACGUUCCUGGACCCCCGGUUUGCGAAAGCCCUUCUGCUCUGCCAUAUAUCUACUCUCGCAGUGUUCGGUUGGCGUAGAUGGUGCUCGGAGGACGGCGGCGUUCUACCGGUCUUGGGGCGUGCAUUCAAGCGGCCUACGCAAUCUCCUGCUCUCGGCCCUAUAUUGUCUGAUGACGUUGUAACGAUCCUGUACACGUCGAACCUCAUCGGCAUACUGUUCGCGCGCUCGUUGCAUUACCAGUUCUAUUCUUGGUACGCUCAACAGUUACCUUUCUUGGUUUGGAGGACGCAGUAUCCUGCUCUCAUCAAGGUUUUCCUGCUCUUUGGCAUUGAAUACUCCUGGAACGUUUUCCCUUCCACGACAUUCUCGUCCUUGACACUUUGCAUUGCCAACGCCUUGGUGGUCUUCGGCAUCUACCUCGGAAGUGCAAUGCGGUCGGAUCGUCUGAUACGGACAAACGUGGAGGUUGCGUCAUCAUAAGUGAUACCCGCGGGGGUGGACUGCAACCAUAAACUUUAUAGGGUUCAUGUCCAUACAUACGUACUCA